CCCGCUCGGCACUCGGCCCCGGCAAAGCGCUCUCCCCCGGCCAAGUCCUUAGCCUGCCCGCCACUCAGGCACAGGCAAUACACUCCUCCGACAACCACAUCCAUGGAUAUGGAUAACAUUCCAGUCACCAGUAACCAGGAACCAAUAUGACGGUAGGUAAAGGUCAUCUCCGAAUUUCAUCCACAUAGACAUACAUAUACAUGCAGCAGCGACCCUUAGAUUUCUUAACUAACCGCAACCACCCACAUUUACCUCCAACAUCCUCCACACAACCAACAUGACCUCCCAAUCCAAAACAAUUCUCCUCCUCAACGGUCCCAACCUCAACCUUCUCGGUCUCCGCGAACCCCACAUCUACGGCAGUACCACCCUCCCUGAGAUCGAAUCCAGCUGUGCCACCCUAGCAUCCACCCUAAACUGCACUCUGCAAAGCUUCCAAUCCAACCACGAGGGGGCCAUCGUGGACCGCAUCCACGCCGCACGGGGUGUCGUCGACGCUAUCAUCAUAAACCCCGGGGCAUACACACACACGAGCGUGGCGAUUCGAGAUGCACUGCUGGGCGUUGCGAUCCCGUUUAUCGAGCUGCAUGUGAGUAAUGUGCAUGCGAGAGAGGAGUGGAGACAUAAGAGUUAUUUUAGUGACAAGGCGAGUGGGAUUAUUGUGGGGUUGGGGGUGGAAGGGUAUAAGGUUGCGGUGGAGUUUGUGGCGAGGAAUUGGAAGGUUUUGGACAAGGGGAAGCUAUAGAUGUACUGUUGAGGGGGUAUGUAUAUAGAGGUAGAUGGAUGUUGCUAUCUAUGCUGCAUCGUGCUAUCGUCUUCGACGAGUAUGCAUAUGUACAAUCGUCA